ACACGACUUAAGUAGAACUUUGAAGUAUUUUUUUUACCUAAGUACUUUACACCACUGUGUGUAGCAAAUGUAAAAUAUGUUUUGAUUGUAUACUCAUUACAAAUAUGCACUAAUCAAUCAACUUCCCCACUCCAGUCCGCAGAUGGCGAUGUGAGUCUUUAAGGCGUUGCUACCAGCGUGACGUAUAAUCUAGUGGACGGGACGGGAAGUUGUCAGCCACCUCCGUAGCUUGUUAGCCGAUAUAGCCGAGACGUAUUAGCUCUUUAGACUGUUUCGGUGUAUAUUGGUCCCUGUGUUUUAAACAUACUUAUUUCGUAUAGCUAGUUUCCCCAUUUAAUUAAAUAUAUACGUUGUUAAGUUAGUAGCUAGCUGGAUUGCUAAAUUAGCUUAGAACCAGGCUAGUCGUUAAUGCUAACUAGCUAACAUCCCCGACCAUGAGCUCACUAAGCUACUCUCCUCCUGCUAAAGAAGAGGUCGGCUGGAUGGAGAAAGAAGCUCUGGGACUGAACAUUGUCGUGAAAGAAGAAGCGGAGGAUGUUUCAGUAAAAGGAGAGGAAGAAGCUUUCAGAAUGAAAGAGGAGGAUGAGGAGGUUAUCAGUAUCACAUUGGAAGAAGAGGCUGAUAAUGUUAGAAUGAAAGAAGAGAAAGAAACUUUUAGAGUGAAAGAUGAAGAGGGGAUAGAGGCUGUCACAGUGGAAGAGGAGGAGGUAGAAGCUUUCAGAAUUAAAAAGGAGGAAGAGGAGGAUGUUAUAGUGAAAGAAGAGAAAGAACCUUUUGGGGUGUCAGAGGAGGCUUCCUUAAGAAAAGAGGAGGAGGAAGACGUUUUGGGAGUGGAAGAGGAGACUGAAGAUCUGAUUAAUACCAGAGAGAGACCAGAUUCUCACUUUGACAGCGGGAAGAGUCCUUCAGGGGAACCAGACCCAGAGAAGAGUCUUUCAGGAGAACCAGACCCAGAGACGGGUCCUUCAGGGGAACCAGACCCAAAGAAGAGUCCAUCAGGGGAACCAAACCCAGAGACAUCCAAACCAACAGGACUAUACCACUGUUCCCUCUGUGGAAAGAGUUUUACUAAGUUACAGAACCUAAGAGUGCAUGAGAGGACACACAGAGGAGAAAAGCCUUUCCACUGCUCUCAGUGUGGAAAGAAGUUUACCCGUUUAGAGAACCUGAAACAGCAUGAUAGAAUACACAGAGGGGAGAAGCCUUACCAUUGUUCCCAUUGUGGAAAGCGCUUUAGGUCGUUAGGCACCCUGACAACGCAUGAGAGAAUACACACAGGAGAUAUGCCUUACAACUGUUCCCACUGUGGAGAGAGUUUUAGGUGGUCAGGGAGCCUGAAAACACAUGAAAGGACACACACAAAAGAAAAGCCCUACCAAUGCUCCCUGUGUGGAAAGAGAUUUACAGAGUUAGGGUCCCUGAAAAUACAUAAUAGAAUACACACAGGAGAGAAGCCUUAUUACUGCUCCCAAUGUGGAAUUAAUUUUACUUGGUUAGCGAGCCUGAAAACACACGAGAGAAUACAUACAGGAGAAAGGUCUUACCACUGUUCCCACUGUGGAAAGAGCUUUAGUGGGUUAGUGAACCUGAAACAGCAUGAGAGAGUGCACACAGGAGAGAAGCCAUACCAAUGCAACCUGUGUGGAAAGUAUUUUACCCUUUUGGGGAACCUAAAAGUGCAUGAGAGGACACACACACAAGAAAAGCCCUACCAAUGCUCUCUGUGUGGAAAGAGUUUUACCAAGUUAGUUGGCCUAAAUAAGCAUGACAGGACACACACAGGAGGAGAUAAGACCUACCACUGCUCCCAGUGUGGAAAGACAUUUACCCGGUUAAUGUACCUGAAAGAGCAUGAAACAAUACAUACAAAUACACUCGAGAAGAAGACAUACCACUGCUCUAAUUGUGGAAAGACAUUUUCCCAGUCAGAGGACCUGCAAUCACAUGAGAGAAUAGAGAGGCUGUGUUCUGACUUAUGUUUUUGACUGAGAAUUUGUGUUUUUGUUUAUGCCACAUGAAAGCUUACUUAAAAAUAGGCUUACAGUGGCAAGAAAAAGUAUGUGAACCCUUUGGGAAAUACCUUGAUUUCUGCAUAAAUUGGUCAUAAAAUUUGA